GACAGCCGGGGGUAAAGAAAAACGGAACUCUGUGGUGGAUAAACCGGAACCCCCGACAGAAUUCAAUGCCGUUUCUGCCCGAAAAGCCAUCGUCAGCGAGCUGGCAACUUACCGCCGCAAGCCUGGGGAGUCGAAGAUCUCAGUUAUGCUCAAUGAGGAAGUGGACAUCACGCCGGAGUUCGAGUGCCCAAGGUCAGAACAGGAGAGGAGAAAGGCUAUGAACUCGUUCACCUACUUUGCCAAACUCUUCUACAACGGAAAGUUCAUUGAAAGUACUCCACAGCUCGAGCAGAUGCAAGUAUUAUUCCAAGAUGGUACCACGCUAGCCUUUGAGGAACGGAUGUGGUGUUUGGACGACAAAUUCACCCUGCGAUUUGGACAGGUCUAUCCGCUGCAAGUGUGUGACCCACCGGAUGACAUCUCCGCUGUGAUCUAUGAGAAACACGCAUGUGUGAUAAAGCGGAUAGCCGAGGUCCAUCUGAGCAAGGCAACACUCCUCAGUCUCAAUCGAUGUCCCUCCAGCAGUGCCUCCCACCCCUCCGUAUCUUUGUCCUUCGGUGUGGAGUUUGUCCUUGAGUCCCUUGAGGGCAGCGGUGAGGCCUUGGCUCGACUUGUACCCAAUGGAAGCGUGACCCUGGGCGUCAAAUGGAGACUGCCCGAGGCCUAUGGUAACGUGGUGGGAGAUGCUACCUGCGCCAUGGAGUAG